AAAAAACUUGUAAUUUACUCGUUUUUUCUUUCUUUUCCUUUUACGCAUCAUCUUCAAUCUUCAAACACAAACCCUAAAUCAAAAAUCCUAAAUUCAAUUCGAAACGAAGGUCGAAGAAAAUGAGUAAUUUGAGGACAGUUUGCAGACCUCAUCAUGCUGUAUACUCAUCCAUAACAUGCUGUUACAAUCGAGCUAGGUCUCGACCUCGAUCCAUUGUCAGUGCUUCGAAUUCGAUACGAAACCCUAAUUCCUUAAAACCUCGAUUAUCUUCUUCUGCAGCUUUCUAUCGAGGAACUGAUUCAUCAGAUGGUCAUAGAACGGAACCGUUGUGGUCUGGAUAUGGUAAUCGUCAGCGCAGGACGCUAGUUAGGGCUACUAAUUGGACUGAUGAGAAAUCUCCGUACGAUACCCUUGAACUAGAAGGAGAUGCUGAUGACGAGGAGAUAAAGCUGGCUUACAGACGUUUAGCAAAGUUUUAUCACCCUGAUGUUUAUAAUGGCAAAGGGUCUCUAGAAGAAGGAGAAACUGCCGAAGCUCGGUUUAUCAAAAUUCAAGCAGCCUAUGAAUUGCUUAUAGAUAGUGACGAAAGGAGGAAAUAUGAUAUGGAAAACCGAGCCAAUCCAAUGAAGGCAUCUCAAGCAUGGAUGGAGUGGCUAAUGAAAAAACGCAAGGCGUUUGAUCAAAGGGGUGACAUGGCGAUUGCCGCUUGGGCUGAACAGCAGCAGCGCGAGUUAAAUAUCCGUGUACGCCGUCUCUCUCGCUCAAAGGUUGAUCCCGAUGAGGAAAGAAGAAUUCUUGCAAAAGAGAAAAAAGCGUCAAUUGAGAAUUAUACCAACACUUUGAAAAGGCAUACACUUGUGUUGAGGAAAAGGGAUUUAUUGAGAAAGAAAGCGGAGGAAGAGAAGAAAAAACUCCUGAUUACUCAGCUUCUAGCAGCCGAGGGUCUCGAGCUUGCAUCAGACGAAGACGAUAAAACGUCAUAAGCCAUAUUUGCAAUCGCAUUUCGAUGUUUGAUAUUAUGUUUAUAGAAUGUAAAUUGGUUAAGUUUAUAAUUUGUUGUAUUGCUUGACAACAUGUAUAUAUGGCUUUAAAGAUACAAUACAAGAUACUUUAUGCAUAUC